AGUAAACACAGAACCAAUGAGUGCAACUGCAAAUAGAUAGAGAUAGAAAUCUGUAGGUGCACAGAACAGAACGGCAAAACAGAAGCAUGGCUCCUUUUCAGAGGACGAGUUGAACACGAAAUGAUUCGAGAUAGCGAUUAAAUACUAACAAUGGCUGAUAGUGGUGAUGUCACCAGACAAACCACCACAUUUCCCUACAAAGAAAUAUAUUUUCUAGGUUUAGAGUCCCAGUCAAAUGUAUAUUGUUGUACAAAAUUAGAGAAUAGGCAACCUCUGAAAGAUGGCGGUGAUAAACUAUUAGUUGGCUCUUUACGGGGAACAGUUGCCUGUAUUGAGCCUAUAGUAGAUUAUGGAAAUGGUAAUCCCCACCAGCUAACAUCAAGUGAGAUCUACUUUACUUACAUCCCAGGGGAUGCAGAAAUAAUCUCAAUGGAUUCAUUCUCACGCAUUCCUGGAUCAAAGAAUGAGUCUGUUGUCAUAGCAAUAUCACUCAUAUUGGUGAAGGUCAUUGAGGGGGCAAAAAAAUAUCAACAUUUUUUGAAUAUCUACAAGGCAAUGGGUCCUGAGCAGAAGGAUUCCUUGCGUAAUAUUGCAAGAAGCUGUCAGCAUAUUGAGUUAUAUUUUGUGCCAUACCAACUUACUCACACAAGCAUCAUUUUGGGGAACCAAGGCAAAGAACAGGUUUUGCUACUUUCUGGAAGUGAUAAAAAAGUGCAUUUGUUUAAAGAGAACGAAGAAAUACAACGAUUCGAAGAAUACCCGAUCGAGGAAAGCUUUCCAGAACUUUGCGAUUUGCCCAGCAGUGUUAUUUGGAUGGACGUGAAGCACUGUCGUUUUAGUAUAAGAGUGACAGCGUUUGGAUGUGAAAAUGGCUUUGCCAAGGUUACUGCUGUUGAUGCCAAUGCAGUUGUAUUAAAAAGCUACACAAUGGACAUCGGUGGGCUUGUGACGUCGGUGCGUUUGUUUGCACUGAGUGACGCAUCAUUGGCGGGCAAAGAACAAACUUCAGAAGAAAAGGAGUUUUUCCCCGCGUGUGAAGAAUUGUCAUUGCUUGUUACAUGUGCCAUGGAACUCUCCGUUGUUUAUUUGAAUGUAUACAAUCGUGGCUUUGAUGAAAUGGUUGUCUUACCUCAAUCGGAUCACUUUGACAGCGUCUUAUGCUCAGCGGUUGCUGACUUUGAUCUUGAUGGCCAUUGCGAAAUACUUCUUGGUACAUAUGGACAGGAGCUACUUGUGUACAAGUCUCGCACUUCGUCUGUUCAAAGUGAGUGCAUUCCACUGCAUUUUGAUCUUCAGUAUGCAAAGAGUUUCCCGAAACCGAUCUUCGCCGUGAAAAUGGUCGACUUAAUAGUGAAUGGGGUGAAAGACCUUGCUGUGGUUACUAUGAAUGGCAUCCAUAUAUUGCAGUUUGACGUACACCAAGCGGCAGAAGCUAUAAUACAAAGGAUUUCAGCCGCCCCUCAAGACUUGGAAGUCAGUGACUGCAAUAAUGAAAGAGCGUCACAAGAGGGUGUGGACCCCAUGCCCCCAUAACAGAAGAGAGUUCAGCACACCUUCGAUACAGCAGCAAGAUAUGAAAGAGGCGACAUUUGUUUACCACAAUCUAGUGUCUCUGUUAUAGCUUCACGGACAUUAGAUACAAUGAAACAUUUAACGAAGGCAACCCUUCGUUUGAGCUUCAACUAAGGUUUCUUUUAAAUUAAAAAUUGUGAUUAUCAAUGAGACUAUACCUUGAUAAA